AUUACCCUCAACCUUCUCCUAGAGAGCAGAAAAAUUAUCGCGUCCGCGCUGUGGCACAAGAAAGCACAAAAGCAUAAAAAAUUAGGCUUCUUAGUCUUAGCCGCGUGUGUAUUCUUCUCCUACAAGCAUGUGCGGUGCGGACGGGUGCUACCGUACACCACCGGUCCACCACCACCCUACUCCGCACUCAGUGAGUGCCUCGCUGGUCAGUGCUCCCGUCCCUACUCCCUACAAGUCCCUUCGGGCUCCAAGGCGCUGCGUGCCACAGCAAAUCCACCUACCAAGCCUAGCUUCUUCCACAUCCUUCGAUCCGCCCGGAACGUCUGCACGUACAUAAGUAAGCACGCCGCAACCUUUCCCGCCACCCUUCCGUGCCACCUUUUCCACGAGUUCCGCUUCACACAGCAAGCUCUCCUCAUGGAAAGCCUCGCCUAUCCACAGAAACAGAAACCUCCUGCUCUCGAGCCGCUGCCACGGCCAACCGCCGCCAUGGACGACAAAGGCAAAGCCAAGGCUGCUGACGCCGCUGCUGCUGCCGAGGCGGCGCCGGAGCAGGAGGAGUUCUUUAGUGACUCCGAGUCCGGGUCCGAGUCCAUCGAGAUCGCCGACCUGAAGAAGCGGAUGUGGAAGGACCAGAUGCUGCUCAUGAAGCUCGAGGGCCGGUCGGGCCACGAAGGCGCCCUGGCGGCGCAGGACCACCGGGUCGUCAGGCGGGAGGAGGAGGCGGCGGAGGAGGAGCCGCCCGAGGCGCGGUACCGGCGGAAGGCGAUGCUCCGGGCGCAGGACGGCGUGCUCCGCCACAUGCUCAAGAUGAUGGAGGCCUGCAACGCGCGCGGGUUCGUGUACGGCAUCGUGGACGAGUCCGGCGUGCCGGUGUCCGGCUCCUCCGACAGCCUCCGCGGGUGGUGGAAGGACGACGUCGCAUUCGACCGGGCGGGGCCGACGGCGCUGUCGGGCCGAGGCGGCCGGGGGAGCCCGCGGAGCCCCGCGGCGGCGGCGUCGUUCCUGCACGGGCUCCUCGACAUCCAGGACAGCACGCUGGGGUCGCUGCUGUCGGCGCUGAUCCAGCACUGCGAGCCACCGCAGCGGAGCUUCCCGCUCGACCGCGGCCUGCCGCCGCCGUGGUGGCCGACCGGCGGCGAGGCGUGGUGGGGCCUGCAGGGCGAGGCGCAGGCCAGCCAGGGCCCGCCGCCGUACCGGAAGCCGCACGACCUCAAGAAGGCGUGGAAGAUCUCCCUGCUCAGAGCUAGCGCCGUCAUCAAGCACCUGAGCCCGCGGUUCGACCAGAUUCGCAAGCUCGUGUGGCAGUCCAAGCGGCUUCAGCACAAGAUGAGCGCCAGGGACGCCGAUACCUGGUCCCGCGUCAUCACCCAGGAGGAGGCGCUCAGCCGCCACGCGCUGCGCUCCCUCCACAUCACGCCGCUCGACGACGACGACGACGAACCCAACGAGGGGCCGACGCCGCGCGAGUCGCACGCCGACAAGCGCAAGCGCGAGGUCGGCGGCGGCGGCGGCGGCGGCGGCGAGGAGAUGCAGCUCUCUCUGCCGGCGGACAUCGACGUCGUCCCGGAGGCGGACCGCAGCUCCAUCGACGAGCUGAUGAAGCUCUACUACAGCUGCCUGCAGGGGACCGACACCGACGGCGGCGGCGGCGAGCAGGGGAAGGACGUGGCGGCCGGAGCCGGCGGGGAUGGGAGCGUCGCUCCGGAGACCGUGCAUGUCGACGACGACGACAUGCUGGAGGGUCUCCUCGGUGUCGCGCAAGUGGUGGACAUGAGCGACUUCCCGGACAGUCCCAUCUGUCACUGGGGGUCGAGCUCGGAUUAGUGCCGGAUAAUCUGAUAUAGAUAGGCGUGGAGUUUUGUUAAUUAUUUAUGCCUGUUUAAUUAGUUAAUUUCGUUCUCUUCCAUUUUGGAUUGAAAAAAAUGACAGCUCCAAGCAGAGCAGAGGUAUCUAGUUUGCACUAAUUUGCAGAGUGGAGUUUGGUACCGGCAGGUAUUGCAAUGGUUGAGAUUGGGAAUGUGAUCUGCUCCUGUACUUGAAAUCAGCUCAUGUUACGACCAAAUGCAGUAUCGAUGUUGUAUCUGCUUCAAGGCAAAUGCAGCCAUUGAAGAAAGAGUGGCAGGUACUCUGGAGUUCUUCAGUUUGCAGAGAGAGUAUUCUUCAGUUCUUACCAUAUGCUCCUACUUAUCUUUGCCAGAGCUACUAUAGCACGUUUCUUCCUUCGGCGCAAUGGAAGAAACAAAAUACUAUGGUCAUUUCGAACCUCGAAGAGCGGAUGAGAUAUUUCGUAGCAAUGCGGCCUUUAGCUGAUGCAAUUUCGCCAUGCAGGCAAGCGGCCAAACAGAGUGCACAUGACAAAGGAAUGGCACGAACACCAUGAGAUCAAUGAAAUAUCCUUGCUCAUCCUGCAGCCUUAAUUAUAUAUAUUACAUAUGGUACAUACACUGGGAAGAAAAAUAAAAAAAAAUAACUCCUUGAUUAAUUCCCCCAUUUGGUUCACGCACACCACCCAACCCAAAAGCGGCCACGAACACAACAAGAUACAUUUUGCUACUGCUCCUCCGACCUCCAAUCGUUCGAUCCGAGCCCAUGCACGCGCCCGAUCGAUGCAACAGCUAGCGAUCAAACACGAAGCGCGCAUGCAAGCGAAACCCAACUCUGUGUGUCAGAUCCAUGGCGAGCGAGAGCGGGGUUGAUUGCUCAUAGGCCGAGGGCGCCGAGCGGCGUCUUGCCCUGGCCGGCCUCGAAGUAGAAGAUGAGCAUGGCGAGCAUGGCGAGGCGGGCGUGCUUGAUCUCGGCGAGCUUGAGCCGGUCGAGCUUGUCGGUGUCCGGGAUGUAGACGCCGUCCCUGGUCUCGCCGCCGAGGCCGAGCGGGUCGAAGAACUUGCCGCCGGGGUAGCCCUGCUCGCCGGUGGCGUUG